UUUCUCUUCGACCUGGAGGUGAACCCAGAGUAGAUAGAAAAAAUCAGAUUAAUGUUAAGUGUAGGCUCACUAGAGGGGCCUGUAAACAUCACGUGGGAAACAUUUUAGAGUGAUAAACAACAGAAGGAAGAAAAGAUUUUUUUAUGGGAAAGGCAGCAAUGAUGAUGAUAUUGUUGGUGAUAUUUGUGAUGAUGAAGAUGGCAGCAGCCUUUGCGCCUUCAUCUGAGAUGGAGAGUAAAGGUGGAGAUGAGGCCGUACGAACCCAUUGUUUCUGGUACCAGCUGAGCAGCGGGGUCACCAACAUUCCCUCCAAUAUCUCCAGCAACACACAAUGUCUGAAAAUAAAGCAUACACAGAUCAGAGUGAUUCUUCAGGGUGCAUUCAGCAGCCUGCAGCACCUUGAGAGAAUCACCGUAUCGGAGAAUGACAUGCUGGAGAGAAUAAGUGCGUUUGCCUUCGCUGGCCUUCCUCACCUCUCUGAUAUCUAUAUCUCUGAAAAUGUUGCUUUGGAGAGCAUUGGCGCUUAUGCUUUCUCUGAUCUGCCUGAACUCACUGAUAUAACCAUUACGAAGUCAAAAUACUUGAUGCAGCUUGAUCCUGAUGCUUUCAGUAACAUCUUGAAGCUGCAGUAUCUGACUAUCUCCAGCACCGGACUGAGAGUUUUUCCAAACUUUAACAGGAUCCAGUCUACAGCCACCAGAUUUGUGUUGGACCUGCAAGAGAACAGUCACAUAGAGAAAGUCCCAGCCAAUGCCUUCAGAGGCCUCUGCACUCAAACUAUCAGUGAGAUACGGCUCACCAGAAAUGGCAUCAAGGAGGUGGCAAGUGACGCCUUCAAUGGCACAAAGAUGCACAGAUUGAGUCUGAAAGGCAACGAACAGCUUACUUUCAUCAAUCCCAACGCCUUUGUGGGUUCCAGUGAGUUGGUGGUACUGGACAUUUCCCACACAGCCCUGAGCUCCCUGCCAGACUCCAUCCUCAGUGGACUCCGGAAGCUGUUUGCAAAGUCCGCCUUCAAUCUGAAAGAGCUCCCUCCUCUGCAUCUCUUCACCAAACUCCACCAGGCAAACCUGACGUACUCAUCACACUGCUGCGCCUUUCAGAACGUGCACAGAGAUAGUCUGAAAACAUCUCACAUAUCAAACUGGAGCUCCUUGUGCUCUCACCCUGAGGCCCCUGACAAUGUUCAGUUCUACAGAGCCUUCUGCUCCAACUCCACCUCCAUCACCUGCACUCCCAUCCCCGACGCCUUUAACCCUUGUGAGGAUAUCAUGUCAGCCGUCCCCUUACGGGUCCUAAUCUGGAUCAUUUCCAUCCUUGCUCUUCUGGGGAACACAGCUGUUCUCGUGGUGCUGUUAGGGAGCCGCUCCAAACUGACAGUCCCUCGUUUCCUCAUGUGCCACCUGGCUUUCUCUGACCUCUGCAUGGGCAUCUACCUGGUUGUCAUAGCAACUGUGGAUGUGCUCACUCGUGGCCGGUACUACAACCACGCCAUAGACUGGCAGACAGGCCUUGGCUGCAGCGCCGCAGGCUUCUUCACGGUGUUUGCCAGUGAGCUGUCAGUGUUCACGUUAACAUCUAUCACCCUGGAGCGCUGGCACACCAUUACACAUGCUCUGAGGCUGGACCGUAAACUUCGUCUGAGACAUGCGUGUAUUGUCAUGACAGCAGGCUGGAUCUUCUCCUCCCUCGCUGCCCUGCUGCCCACAGUUGGGGUCAGCAGCUACGGCAAGGUGAGUAUCUGCCUUCCAAUGGAUGUGGAGUCUGUGGUGUCUCAGGCCUACGUUGUGUCUCUGCUCCUCCUCAACAUCCUGGCCUUCCUUUGCGUGUGCAUCUGUUACCUCAGCAUCUACCUCACCGUCCGUAACCCCUCGUCAGCCCCUGCCCACGCUGACACCCGUGUGGCCCAACGCAUGGCAGUCCUCAUCUUCACGGAUUUCGUCUGCAUGGCCCCCAUCUCCUUCUUUGCCUUCUCAGCUGCUCUGAAGCUCCCUCUCAUCACCGUGUCAGACGCCAAACUCCUGCUGGUGCUCUUCUACCCCAUCAACUCCUGCUCCAAUCCCUUUCUCUAUGCCUUCUUCACCCGCACCUUCAGACGAGAUUUCUUUCUUCUCGCUGCUCGCUUUGGCUUGUUCAAGACGAGGGCGCAGAUUUAUCGUACAGAGAGUUCUUCAUGCCAGCAGCCAGCAUGGACCUCUCCAAAGAGCAGCCAUGUGAUGUUGUGCUCCCUGGCCCAUACACUGAGUCUAGAUGGAAAACAUGAACAUUAACAUCAUCAUUUAAAAAUACAGAUACAGAAUGACUUUGCAUAAUAACAUUUCUGAAGGAUCUGGCUGGUAUCUUGUGCUUGACCCCUCUUAGAGGUGCCAGAAAUGUAUGUGCAAGAUGGUAAAGUCACUGCUGAACAGAGCUUAAAGGUAUUCUGUUGAAAGACUAAAUUAGUAAAAGCAAGGCUCUGAAUGACAUGCACUACCUUCUGUUUCUGGGUGAAGUUAACUGAUCCAAACGUCAUGUUAUGGAGACUAUAGAGUAGGGAUAUACUGAUAUACUUCAUUCGCAAUAUGACAUGACACUGGGUCAUGACAGAAAACAGAACUUUUAUUCUUUUUGUUGAUUUUGCCCUGGAUAUGGACAGGUAAUGUUUUCUAAAAAUAAUCUCCACUGCUUAUUUUAACGAGCAAAAGAGUGGUCAUUGUGAACACUCACUGUGGAAAGUAUUGUUUCUUAAGGGUGCUGUAAAUCACUUAGUCGGCCCACAGCAGCUGUUCCACUCAUAAAUAUAGCUAAGUAGAAAUAAUCCAUCUUUACGCUGAUGGUCCUGUUUGCUUUUGUCCUAUCAAUAUUAAUUUCAGCCUGUUUCAAAGCAGUUAAAAACUCCUCAUAGGAGCUUUAAAUAUAGAAACUAAGUAUCUUGGCUUUGUUAAUUCCAACCUCUGCUGCUAAGUAUUCAAAAUGAGACCCAUACUUAUCGUUUGUAUGCUUAUUACCACUUAAUUUUGUCGGUUGUUUUGUAUUUCUCAUGUGUUUCCUGUUAUUCUGACCAGCCAAAAUGCCUUUCUUUAGCCAUGUUACAGUGCCUAUAAAAAGUAUUUUUCCCCUU